AUGCUGUCAGAAAAACAACAAAGUUCUGAAACUCUUAGAAAAAUUGAAGAAAAAGUUGAUCGAUUAUCCUCAGUGUUACAAGAACUCUCAAACUAUUCUGAGGAAUCACAAGAUAAAAAGGUUGCCACGCUGUCUGAAAAGAAUGUGAAAGAAAUUGUGGAAGCUGCUUUACGGCGAUAUAAUGCAGAUAAAGUUGGAAUCGCUGAUUUUGCCUUAGAGUCGUCAGGAGCCCAAAUACACGAUUCUUUCCACAGUGAAACUUACGAUGUUGGAGCCGCCAGAGUAAUACUCUUUGGUUUGCCUUUAUGGUUGGACGUAAAAUCACCUAGAGUAAUACUUCAACCAGAUAACAGUCCAGGUAACUGCUGGGCGUUUAAAGGUCAAAGUGGAUAUGUUGUUAUAAAGUUAUCAAAGAUCAUCACUCCUACAGCGUUUACUCUAGAACACAUUCCUAAAGUUUUAUCGCCAACGAUCGACAGGACAAUACCUAGCGCACCAAAAUUAUUCCAAGUUUUGGGUUGGAAAGACGACAGCGGUAAAGAAAAAAUAUUGUACGGAAAUUAUGAGUUUAAUAGUGACGACGACUUUUUACAAACUUUCAAAGUUCAGAAUAUCAAAGACUUAAUUCCUGUCCAAUAUAUCGAGUUUCAAGUUCUAAGUAACCAUGGAAACAAAGAGUACACGUGUGUUUACAGGUUCCGUGUCCAUGGCAACCCCCAAUAGCAAUAAACAACAACAGUAUGAAACUAUUCAAUUCAAGUUGUUUGAGAAUUAAAUUGUAUACUAACUAGAAAAUAUAUUUCACAUAUUUCAGCUUUAAA